CGCAGCGGGAGAGUGAGACGGGCAGGUUCAGGCGCUCGCCCCGCACGCCGCUCAGCAGUCAGUGUUCAUUAGGUGCGCCGGGAUGUGUGCGUGCUGCUGGUGACAACAUAGGUGCCGUUUGAGCGAAAAAUGUCUUCUCGUCGCGAUUGCCGUGCAAUAUAACUACAAUAAAAACGCACAUCGCCACCCAUCGAUGUCGUAGAUUAAGUGCGCGCCGUUAACGUGCAACGAUCGGGCGUGCGAGCUUUGGAAGUUGGGAUUAUUUUGAUAGCGAGUGCAAAGACAAAAUGGCGCAUAAUAUGCCACCAUCGGUGAAUUGUUCACUGGAUGAUAUAGAUUUAUCGGCGCUGAAGGAGCCAGCCGGUAUCUUCGAACUGAUUGAAGUCGUUGGUAAUGGCACGUAUGGACAAGUUUACAAGGGUCGGCAUACGAAAACAGGCCAGCUUGCUGCCAUUAAGGUGAUGGACGUCACCGAAGAUGAGGAGGAAGAAAUUAAACUUGAAAUCAACGUGUUGAAGAAGUAUUCGAACCAUCGCAACAUUGCGACCUACUAUGGCGCCUUCAUCAAGAAGUCUCCACCCGGCAAGGACGAUCAGUUGUGGCUGGUGAUGGAAUAUUGUGGAGCAGGAUCUGUCACGGAUCUGGUAAAGUCUACCAAAGGUCAAAGUCUUAAAGAAGAGUGGAUUGCCUAUAUCUGUCGUGAGAUACUACGCGGUCUUUCAUAUUUGCAUUCGAAUAAAGUGAUCCAUCGUGAUAUUAAAGGACAGAAUGUGCUCUUAACCGAUAACGCCGAAGUGAAGCUUGUCGACUUCGGAGUGUCCGCGCAAUUAGAUCGCACGAUAGGUCGCAGGAACACGUUCAUUGGCACUCCCUACUGGAUGGCGCCGGAGGUAAUUGCGUGCGAUGAGAACCCUGACGCGACCUAUGACAAUAGAAGCGACUUGUGGUCACUGGGCAUCACGGCGCUAGAAAUGGCCGAGAGUCAGCCGCCUUUGUGCGAACUCCAUCCAAUGCGAGCGCUGUUCCUCAUUCCUCGCAAUCCGCCUCCGCGUUUGAAGAACAAGAAGUGGAAUAAGAAGUUUCAGAAUUUCAUUGAAACCGUGUUGGUGAAGGAUUAUCAUGAGCGUCCAUACACAGAGCAACUACUCAAACAUUCGUUCAUCAAGGACCAACCAACCGAGCGUCAGGUGCGCAUCCAGCUUAAGGAUCACAUCGAUCGCUGCAAGAAACGCAAGCAAGAGCGUGAACGCGAGGAUUAUAGAUACUCCGGAUCAGAGAAUGAGGAGGAAGAGCCCGCCUUGGCCGGCGAACCGAGUAGCAUUGUGCAGGCACCUGGCGGUGACACGCUGCGAAGGAACUUCCAGCAGAUUCAAGAGGGCCGCAAUAUUAUCCAGCAACAAGUUGAACCUCCACCAAGGAGUGGCAGAAACAAAGAACGUGAAGAAAUUCCUGAACCUGGGCCGCCUGCAAGACCCCCAAUUCCGCAGAGAAUGAUUAUGGUUCCAGACCUGCCACCAGCACCGAGAAGUAUGGCUUCCAGACCACUGCCACCGCCUCCAGAGAAUGCGGCGCCGCGAUCUCAACAACCGCAACGAAACUCUCAGUCGCAGUUUAAACCAAUGACGCCCUUUCGAAGACCUGAGGAAUUGGAUGCAUUGGCUGCUCAUUUGAACGAGAUCGGCUUGCAACAAAACGUUCAACCUGAAGCUCCACCGCGAAACAAUCGCAAUAGCAGCAGUAACAAUAAAGCGCAGUCAGCCGCCAACAACAAUGUCGCUACGCCAUCAAACAACCAUUCAGCGGGCGUUCCGAUUUUGGACGGUUUGGUGGAUAGUGAUAGCGACUCGGAACCCGAGGACAACGGCAGGGGUCGAAAUGAUGGAACAUUGUUAGCUAGCGAUCCGCCAAAACCUCUUCCUGAGUUUUCUUACAGACCCGGCUUAGGUGUCGUUGCCGAAGGCUCGCCGAGUGGUUCUAGUCCGAGCGCAACCGGAUCGGGAGGUCCUCCCAAUCGACCGUUGCCUCCAACACCCGAUGACGACGAAUCUCAAGGCGACAAGACUUUGGUAUUGCGAAACAGGCAGCUGGCAGCUAGUCAAGCGAAAAAGGAAGACAUUGACGAAGCGACGUUACUUAAGGAUUGGGAUUUCGCACGCUUUUUCCCAUCCAAAUUCCAAGGAUCUUCUUCGACUUCCACCUCGAGCGCGUCCACGAAGAGCAAUAAGAAAGGCGCCGUUAGUGGCGAAAAGCCGGCGAUGCACAGGCGCAACGAAAGCGAUAGUAAUCUCGGCCCGUUUGCCCGCGGCUUUCGGCGUGAAAACUCCGACCUGCUGCCGCUCAGCUCGCGGCACUCGGCCGUAUUUCCUGAUCGAAACCAGAGUCCCAUGAGGAGCAGCGGCCUGUUUAGUAAUCGCCGCAGCUCCGACGCUGGCCUCUCGAAAAAGAACGGCGAACCGAUUCUCACCGACUUCGUGAAAAAGAACUCGGAGUUGAGCCGGCGGCCAAAGAUCACGAUGAUGAUAGACAAAGCUGAAGUUCAGCUGCGCCCCAGACGCGAAAAAACCGAAUCCGAUAUCGUCCUUAAGUACACAGAGGCGCGAAAGGGUAUGGAGACGCGCCGGCGGGAGAUUGCGCUCAAUCGCGAGGCGGAGGACCUGCGCCGACGCAGCUCCCGGUCUAUAGAUCCGCCGUCGUUUGCACCAGUCUCGUCGAAAAAUAAUUCUCUAAUCGGUCACGAGUUUUUAAUUUUACAGAAUGGCCGCGGAAGCGAUCAUGCGAGGCAGAGCAACGUCCUGCCGGAUUUGCUCUCACAGGCCAGUGGAAGUCCUGGCACGCCUUCCGCCAGAGACAAGAGCUCCAGCGAGGAGUACCGUCAGGCUGUGCACAUUAAUAUGGCACCCAGUACACCUAUGAUCAGUAAUCAUGCUCUUCAUUUACAACAGAAGCAACGUUCUUUCUUGACAUUUGGCUUUGGAGCCGGCAGCGCAAAUUCCAGACGAGAGUCGCACGUCAACGUGAAUGUUACACCAACAUCACAUGACUUGUCCUCAGACACACCGGAAAUUCGGAAGUACAAGAAACGUUUCAACAGCGAUAUUCUUUGCGCUGCUCUAUGGGGUGUCAAUUUGUUGAUUGGUACUGAACAUGGUUUGAUGUUACUCGAUCGCAGUGGCCAAGGAAAAGUUUACCAACUAAUAUCUCGAAGAAGAUUCCAACAAAUGGAGGUAUUGGAAGGCCAAAAUAUCCUUGUUACGAUAUCUGGCAAAAAGAAUCGCGUGCGUGUUUACUACCUCAGUUGGCUCAAGAGUAAAAUUUUGAGAUCUGACGGAGUAGAUCAGCAGGUUGAAAGGAGAAACGGAUGGAUCAACGUGGGUGAUCUGCAGGGCGCAGUUCAUUUCAAAAUAGUAAAAUAUGAAAGAAUAAAGUUUUUGGUGAUAGCACUUAAAGACAGCAUCGAGAUUUACGCAUGGGCUCCGAAACCGUACCACAAGUUCAUGGCAUUUAAAUCGUUUGGCGAAUUGACGCACAGGCCUUUGCUCGUAGACCUCACUGUCGAAGAGGGCACAAGACUUAAAGUGAUCUAUGGAAGUGGCGACGGCUUUCACGCCGUUGAUUUGGACUCCGCAAACGUUUACAAUAUUUAUUUACCAAAACACAUUCAAGGAUCAAUUUCUCCUCAUUGCAUUGUAACACUUCCAAACAGCAACGGAAUGAAUUUGCUCCUAUGCUACGAUAAUGAAGGCGUCUACGUGAAUACGUACGGAAAGAUAUCUAAGAACGUUGUUCUUCAGUGGGGCGAAUUGCCAACCUCUGUCGCCUAUAUUGGCACUGGUCAGAUCAUGGGUUGGGGCAAUAAGGCAAUCGAAAUUCGUUCGGUUGAGUCGGGUCACCUGGAUGGCGUAUUCAUGCAUAAAAAAGCUCAACGAUUAAAGUUUUUGUGCGAGCGCAACGACAAAGUCUUCUUCUCAAGCGCAAAGAGUGGUUCCUCUUGUCAAAUCUACUUUAUGACACUAAAUAAGCCGGGCAUGGCAAACUGGUAACGGAAUAUUAAAGUUGAGGCGAUGUUAAUUUUUAGAUAGUAAACUACAGUUGGCUCCAUUUAUAAACACACAGACCGGGGAUGUUUUGUUCUUGCAUAUAAACAAACUAGCGUAGUUUCCAGUAACCAUGCUAAUGAAGAGAAAAACCUUAAAAACAUACGUACAACCUAACCGCAUUUUAAAUUCAAUACGUUUCGAUGCACAAAAUAUGCAAGGUUUGAUUCAGCGGGGAACCACGCGAAGAUGAAGCAAUAACCAGUGUAUAAUUUGACAAUAUGCACACCAUUAGGGAACUUUGAUUCACAUCUUUGUGCCAACCAGCAUUUUAGCGGUGAAGCUCACGAAGUUAUCAUACGAUAUGUUUUAAGGACGAAGCAAAAGAAACGUUGUAUAAUAGUAUACAUAAACAUACAAACAUAAACACAUAAUUUGAAUACGGGGAGGAAUCAUUUGAAACAAUUUUGAUAACGAAUUAAUUAAAAUGUCGCAUUAAAAGUAACUUGAUGUUGUACAUAGUCCCAUCAAAACAUUUUGUUUUACGUUAAAACGAUGUUGUGGUUGAAUUGACGAUGCUAUCAAUUUUGAUACUUGACAGAAAUAUUUAUAUAUACCUAAUUGUAUGGCAAACAAACAGUUUUGCAUAGUACAAAUAGAAACGAAUACCUGCCGAAGUUAUCAUUCAAUUUGAAUACUGUUUGUACCGAGAUAUAAUACUAAUGAGCGUAAUUUUAACGUAAUCGAAAUGUUUUGUUUCAAUCAUGUCAUGGAAUAGUCAGUUGUGCACUCUGUCUUUAUAAUCCGACAUUUGUUGAUUCUCCUUCCUUUUCACAUUGUGUGCAGCACGCAAUCUAAUGCAUUACCCGUAACCUUAUUACUGCAAAAUUAUGAGGAACUCUUACAAUUUUAUACUAAAAAAAAUAUGCAAAUUGUAGUGAAUAAUAUAUGUCAGUAUCUAAAAAUAUUCAUUAUUCUUACGGUGCUGUUAUACCUACUAUUCAAAAUUUCAUUUCUAAUUAUUUAGGUUAUUGUAAAUAUUAUCGAUUACUUAUGUUGUAUUGUUUAUUUCUCUUAUUCAUGUAUAAGAUGAAUAUAACGUCGUAAAGUUGCAAUGCAUUGCACAACACGCUGUCGCCAUCAGUUUUGUUUAAGAAUCUUAUACUUUCGAUCAGUAAUAGUUAUGGUGCAAUGAAGACUGUUUUAUAUAUUUGAUUUAUAUUAUAGUAGUAUUUGUAUUGAAAUAUCACUUUUGUAAUAUCUUUUUGUUAUACUGAUAUUCCGUUUACAUAUUCGAGUGAGGAAGAUUGUUAAUAAAUGCAAAUAGCGGAAUAGCUGCCUUCCUCGCGUAUCGGAGGCGCGAUGUAUCUGGCAUUUGCAUCAAAUUUAUUUAUUUGUGCGAUUCUUUCUAAAAAAUUUAAAUUAUUGUUGAUUCCAAAUUUUAUAAGAAAAUGAAGAAAAAAGAAAGUGCUAUCCUUGCUCUGAUUAUGUGUUAAUUUACGUUACGUAUUAUAUUAAACAUAUGCUAUGUAAUAUUCUAUGUACUCCUUUUAUAGUAAUUUCCAAAGAAUUGGUAAGUGUGAUUUUUUAACUGAUUCUAACAUAUAGAUCAUUUUAUUAAUAUAACGAAUAAAGUUGUAUAUUAAAA